AGCUCCCGUUGGUGAGCCUUGCGAUUGCCUCAGCUAGUGUCUAGUGUGCUGUAGUCUCGUGGCAAGAGCGUGGAGUUUGCUGUAGUCUCGUGGGAGGCUUCCCCAGCGGGAAGGAAAGAUUGUACGCACACCUUUGAGAGAAUCGCUGGGGUCUGUGCUGAAUUUUGAGUCGUUUGGCGCCAUGGCGGAAAGAAAAGGAACAGCCAAAGUAGACUUCUUGAAGAAGAUUGAGAAAGAAAUUCAGCAGAAAUGGGAUGCUGAGAAGGUGUUUGAAGUUGAUACAUCUCACUUAGAGAAGCAGACUAGCAAUGGUAAAUACUUCGUCACCUUCCCAUAUCCAUACAUGAAUGGGCGCCUUCAUUUGGGACACACGUUUUCCUUAUCCAAGUGUGAGUUUGCAGUGGGGUACCAGAGAUUAAAAGGAAAACAUUGUCUGUUUCCCUUUGGGUUACACUGUACUGGUAUGCCUAUUAAGGCAUGUGCUGACAAGUUGAAAAGAGAACUAGAGUUGUAUGGUUGUCCGCCUGAUUUUCCGGAUGAAGAAGAAGAGGACGAAAUCAGUGUUAAAACAGAAGAUAUAAUAAUUAAGGAUAAAGCUAAAGGGAAAAAGAGCAAAGCUGCUGCAAAAGCUGGAUCUUCUAAGUAUCAGUGGGACAUUAUGAAAUCCCUUGGACUCUCUGAUGAAGAGAUAGUCAAAUUUGCUGAAGCAGAACAUUGGCUUGAUUAUUUUCCACCACUGGCUAUUCAGGAUCUAAAGAAAAUAGGUUUGAAGGUAGACUGGCGGCGUUCCUUCAUCACUACUGACAUAAAUCCUUACUAUGAUUCUUUUGUCAGGUGGCAGUUUUUAACACUAAGAGAAAAAAACAAAAUCAAAUUUGGGAAGAGGUAUACCAUUUACUCUCCAAAAGAUGGACAGCCUUGCAUGGAUCAUGACAGACAAACUGGAGAGGGUGUUGGACCUCAGGAAUAUACCUUAAUCAGAUUGAAGGUGCUUGAGCCAUACCCUUCCAAAUUAAGUGGCCUGAAAGGUAAAAAUACCUUCUUAGUAGCUGCUACCCUCAGACCUGAAACUAUGUUUGGACAGACAAACUGUUGGGUUCGUCCUGAUAUGAAAUACAUUGGAUUUGAGACGGCAAAUGGUGAUAUAUUCAUUUGUACUCAGAGAGCAGCCAGGAAUAUGUCAUAUCAGGGCUUUACUAAGGACAAUGGAGUGGUACCUGUUGUGAAGGAAUUAAUGGGGGAGGAAAUUCUUGGUGCCUCACUUUCUGCACCUUUAACAUGCUACAAAGUGAUCUAUGUUCUCCCAAUGCUCACCAUUAAGGAGGAUAAAGGUACUGGUAUAGUCACGAGUGUUCCUUCUGAUUCCCCGGAUGAUCUUGCUGCCCUCAGAGACUUGAAGAAAAAGCAAGCCUUAAGAGCAAAGUAUGGAAUUAGAGAUGACAUGGUCCUGCCGUUUGAGCCGGUGCCAGUCCUUGAAAUCCCAGGGUUUGGUAAUCUUGCUGCUGUUACUAUUUGUGAUGAGUUAAAAAUUCAGAGCCAGAAUGACAGAGAAAAACUUGCAGAAGCAAAGGAGAAAUUAUAUCUAAAAGGAUUUUAUGAUGGUGUAAUGCUGGUAGAUGGAUUUAAAGGACAGAAAAUUCAAGAUGUCAAGAAGACUAUUCAGAAAAACAUGAUUGACACUGGAGAUGCAUUUAUUUACAUGGAGCCAGAGAAACAAGUGAUAUCCAGGUCUUCAGAUGAAUGUGUCGUGGCUCUGUGUGACCAGUGGUACUUGGAUUAUGGAGAGGAGAACUGGAAAAAACAGACAUUUCAGUGCUUGAAGAACCUAGAAACAUUCUGUGAGGAGACCAGAAGGAAUUUUGAAGCUUCCUUAGAUUGGCUACAAGAUCAUGCUUGCUCAAGAACUUAUGGUUUAGGUACUCGGCUACCUUGGGAUGAGCAGUGGCUGAUUGAAUCACUGUCAGAUUCCACUAUUUACAUGGCAUUUUACACAGUUGCACAUCUCUUGCAGGGGGGUAAUCUUCAUGGGCAGGCGGAGUCUCCACUGGGCAUCAGACCGCAGCAGAUGACUAAGGAUGUUUGGGAUUAUGUUUUCUUCAAAGAUGCUCCAAUUCCUAAAACUCAGAUCCCAAAGGAAAAACUAGAUCAGUUAAAGCAGGAAUUUGAGUUCUGGUAUCCUGUGGAUCUUCGAGCCUCUGGCAAGGAUCUUAUUCCAAAUCAUCUUUCAUAUUACCUUUAUAAUCAUGUGGCUAUGUGGCCGGAACAAAGUGACAAGUGGCCUGUGGCUGUGAGAGCGAAUGGACACCUCCUGCUCAAUUCAGAGAAGAUGUCAAAAUCUACAGGCAACUUCCUCACUUUGACCCAAGCUGUUGACAAAUUUUCAGCUGAUGGAAUGCGCCUGGCUCUGGCUGAUGCUGGUGACACUAUUGAAGAUGCCAACUUUGUGGAAGCCAUGGCAGAUGCCGGUAUCCUCCGUCUGUACACAUGGGUAGAAUGGGUGAAGGAAAUGCUUACCAACUGGGACAGCCUGAGAAGCGGCUCUGUCAGCACUCUCAAUGAUAGAGUUUUUGCCAGUGAAAUGAAUGCAGGAAUUAUAAAAACAGAUCAAAACUAUGAAAAGAUGAUGUUUAAAGAAGCUUUGAAAACAGGGUUCUUUGAGUUUCAGGCUGCAAAAGAUAAGUAUCGUGAACUGGCCGUAGAAGGGAUGCACCGAGAGCUUGUGUUCCGCUUUAUUGAAGUUCAGACACUUCUUUUGGCUCCAUUCUGUCCACAUUUGUGUGAACACAUCUGGACACUCCUCGGAAAGCCUGACUCAAUUAUGAAUGCCUUGUGGCCUGUGGCAGGUCCUGUGGAUGAUUCCUUGAUCCGUUCCUCACAAUAUCUCAUGGAAGUAGCACAUGACCUCAGAUUACGACUCAAGAACUAUAUGAUGCCAGCUAAAGGAAAGAAAACUGACAAGCAACCACCCCAGAGGCCCUCACACUGCACCAUCUAUGUGGCAAAGAACUACCCUCCUUGGCAACAUACUACCUUGUCUGUUCUGCGUAACCACUUUGAGGCCAACAGUGGAAAAUUUCCUGAUAACAAAGUCCUUGCUAGUGAACUUGGUAAUUUGUCAGAAUUGAAGAAAUAUAUGAAGAAAGUUAUGCCUUUUGUUGCCAUGAUUAAGGAAAAUGUGGAGAAGAAGGGGCCUCAUGUUUUGGAUUUGCAAUUGGAAUUUGAUGAACAGGCAGUGCUUAUGGAGAACAUAGUCUACCUAACUAAUUCUCUUGAGCUAGAACUUAUAGAAGUCAAGUUUGCCUCCGAAGCAGAAGAUAAAAUCAGGGAAGAUUGCUGUCCUGGGAAGCCACUUAAUGUUUUUAGAACAGAACCUGGUGUACCAAUUUCCCUAGUAAAUCCCCAACCAUCCAAUGGCUAUUUCUCAACCAAAAUUGAUAUCAGACAAGGAGAUAGCUGUGAUUCCAUAAUCAGACGUUUAAUGAAAAUGGAUCGAGGAAUCAAAGACCUUUCCAAAGUGAAACUGAUGAGGUUUGAUGAUCCGUUGUUGGGGCCUCGACGAGUUCCAGUCCUAGGAAAAGAGUACUGUGAGAAGACUCUUAUUUCCGAGCAUGCUGUUUUCCAUGUGGACCUUGUGAGCAAGAAAAUUCACCUCACUGAGAAUGGGCUGCGCACAGAUAUCGGUGAUACAAUUGUCUAUCUGGUUCAUUAAGCUCGCACAUUGGAGACUGGUGUGGUUUCAAGGGAUACAUGUACUUUGAGAAACUUAAACUAGACAUAAAUAGACUUUAUUUCUGUCAAAUUCUGUAUGAAAUCAUAAUUAUACCAAUUCAUCUUUGAUUCCUAGAUCUAAUAAACUUGCUUUUUUCCAUCUUUGGAAAAAAAGAGAUACAA